UUUUUUUAAAGACUGCCACGGCUCAUUUUACCACAGCACACACCCCGAGUGCAGCAGACGCCUCUCCUUCUUUCUUUCUUUUUUUGUCGGUUAUUGCGCCGAAUUAGGCAAAACUUCAAUAGUGUCCCGGCUGAAAGUGACCUCUUCUUUAUUUAUUCAUUUUUUUUUCCCUCGCGGGACAUUUGGAAGCCGUGUCCCUGCGGGAGCGCGGACCCAAUGGCCUCCGCGGGACAGACGCAGCCGGGCGGGCAGGCGGGGGGGGCGCCGCGCGCCGCGAGCCCGUCGAGCCGCGGCGACGCGGAGAAGCUGAACCCGUCCGCGGUCAGCCGCGUCCUCAUGGAGUUCCUCGCGUACUUCGGGAGGGCCGCGCUCGUCUUCUACCCGGUGUACCUGACGGGCUACCUGGGCCUCAGCGUCAGCUGGGUGCUGCUGUGCAUGGUGAUGGUCUCCUGGUGGAAGAAGAAUCGCCGGUGGAAGGACGCGCGCUUCGGCACCGCGGUCGACUUCGUGGAGAACGAAACGCACGUGAUCGACCGGGAGCUGCGGAGCGCGCUGCAGAUGGCGUCGUGGGUCCACUUCCCUGAUGCUGAGAAAGUUGACUGGAUGAACAAGGUGUUGGAGCAGGCCUGGCCUUUCUUCGGCAUGUACAUGGAGAAGCUCCUGAGAGAGAACAUCCAGCCGGCCGUCCGGCUCUCCAGCCCCGCGCUCCGAACGUUCGCUUUCACCAAGAUCCACUUUGGACACGUGCCCCUCAGGAUCACUGGAAUCAAAGCCUACACGGACGAGGUGGAUCAGCGGGAGGUGGUUCUGGACAUGAAUCUGAGCUACGAGGGGGACGUGGACAUCGACGUUGUGGUGAAGCCGCCGGUCACGGCUGGUGUCAAAGGCCUCAAACUCAAGGGGAUGCUUAGGGUCAUUCUGGAGCCCCUCAUUGGUCAAGUGCCGUUGGUGGGGGGAGUCACAUUUUUCUUUAUUCGCCGCCCGACUCUGCAAGUCAACUGGACCGGCAUGAGCAACCUCCUGGACAGUCCUGCCUUCAGCUCGCUGUCCGAGGAGACCAUCCUGGACAUCAUCGCCUCGCUCAUGGUGUUGCCGAAUCGCAUGUGCAUUCCCCUCAUAGACCAGGUCAAAGUGGACCAGAUGAGGUUCCCGCUCCCUCGUGGGGUGGUGAGGGUCCACCUGCUGGAGGCCAGAGACCUGCUGGCCAAGGACACGUACAUGAUGGGUUUAGUCAAAGGCAAGUCAGACCCCUACGCAACGCUGCGGGUCGGCAACCGACAUUUCACAAGCCGCACCAUCAAAGAGAACCUGCACCCGAAAUGGAACGAAGUGUUUGAGUUUGUUGUCCACGAGGCCCCGGGGCAAGAGUUGGAGCUGGAGUUGUUUGACGAGGACACGGAUAAAGAUGAUCUCCUUGGAACGUAUAACCUCGAUUUUGGAGAAGUGAAGAAGGAGAAAGAGCUGGAUCGGUGGUUUCCUCUGGAGGGGGGCGAGAGCGGAGAGGUUCACCUCAAGCUCCAGUGGCUUUCCCUCAACACCGACUCCAGCCUGCUGUGUGAGUCUACAGACGGCCGCGCUUGUGCAAUGCUCUCCGUGUACCUGGACAAUGCCUCAAACCUGCCGAGAGACCACAAGGAGAUCACCGAGCACCAGAAACACGGGAGGCACGCGAAGGAAGCUCGGCUCACAAGGAGAACUCCCGAUCCCAACUCCUUUGUGGAAUUUUCCAUUGACAAGGACGUUCAGAAGAGCAAGGUUGUGUUUGCAUCCAAAGACCCGGUGUGGGAGGAGGGCUUCACCUUCUUCGUGCAUAAUGUUAAAACACAGCAGCUCAUUGUGCAGGUCAAAGCGCAGGAGAAGAAGAAUCCGCUCGGCGUGCUCAACUUGCCCCUGAGUCGCCUCGUCAACACCUCCGACAUGACACUGGACCAGCGCUUCCAGCUGGAGCAGUCCGGAGCAAACAGCCAGAUCAAGCUGAAGGCCAUUCUCAGGAUUCUUACUGUGGAAAAGCCUCCACCCAAGAUUGUCCUCGAGCCUCCUCCACAAGUCAACCGAGGAAGUAAUGGCCCUGCGUCCGCUCCCUCCGUUGACACGGCCUCCUCCCCGGCGCUUCCCUCCAACCACGUGCCCGCCGCCAAAGCUCCGCCCCCGGCCCGAGCGCCGGAUUUCUCGAGUCGCUCCAACCAAGACUACUUGGCUCACCGCCGCGGCUCCUUCCUGGCCUCCGAGGCGUUGCGGUCCGCACCUCCCUCAUCAAACAUGCGCCGGUACGACUCCCACAGCCUGCUGUCGGACAACUCCAUCGCUUCGUCGCGUUUUGAUCUCUCAGAGGGGGCCUCGUAUCCAGAGGCUAUCAGGAAUCAUCAGGGCUCAUUUGGGGAGAUCCACCUGACUGUGCGCUACACCUCCCUGAGGAACAAACUCAUCAUCCUGGUUAAUGCUUGCAGGAACCUUUUCCCGUGCAGCGACAAAGGCACGGACUCUUACGUCCGCCUGUAUUUGCUCCCUGACCAAACCUGGAGGCACCGCAAGAAGACGCACGUGAAGAAGCGGACGGUCAACCCUGAGUUCAAUGACAAGUUCGAGUUCAAUGUCCCACUUCAGGAGGCGCAGACGAGGAAGUUGGACGUGGCGGUGAAAAACAGCAAGAUGUUCCACUCGCGGGAGAGGAAGGACAUUGGCAUGGUGAUGAUAGAUCUUUCCCAAAUGGAUCUGACCAAAGGCACUACAGAAUGGUAUGAGCUCUCACUGCCUGGGCUGAAGAAAUCCAGCUAGAGGGUGGAACUACAUCACUUCUCUUUGCAGCUUUAAGAAACAGCCUCUCUGCCACUGCAGACAAAAAGAUAUUAUCAGAAUAUGCAUUUGUCUUUCUUAUCAACACCCAUCUGAUUUAGUUUUUUUUUCCAAUUGCAGCACUAAGACCCAUCUCAUAUAGUGGAUAUGCUCACGGGUGCAUGUUGUAAUAUUCCAAACCUCACUCCUACUUUUAUUUAUUUGAUUUGAUAAUGUUAGGAGUCAUUUUGAACACAGCAGGCAAAUACUCAAAUGCCUUGGUACCCCAGAUGAUGUUCGCACAAGCAUUUGUAUGAAUUCAUUCUAAUUUAUUUGUUUUUACAGAAACCAAAUGAUUUUAAAUAAAAAAUGCUCUUGUUUUUCAUGGAGAGAAAAAUAAUGCAAUACCCAUUUUGACAGGAAAUCAGAGUCAAAAUGGCCGCUGUGAAAUACAACUAUUAUAUUUGUAUACUAUAUUGAUAAACACGGCGAUGUCUUUAUUUUGGUCCAUCUAAACCCAAUGUUGUACUUUUGUAUUUUUAUGUAAAUAGUGAUAUUUACAGGUUUAUGAAAUAUAUUAAGGGAAAUAAAGUAUAUUAAAAAAACAACAAUAAACAAAUCAAGUGUGUUUGUUGCAGCAGUCUGAGAGAGUCAUUGGACGGCGAGAAACGGUUUGCACACUUUAAAACACAUUGAUACCCACAUAUUUUUACAUCCAGGAGAAAAAGUUAGAAGUUUGAUCGCAUUUGCAUCUGCUCAUGUGGUAUAUUUGAUACACGUUGUGCAUAUGGUGGCCAUACGCCCAGACAUUUAAGCAGAGGAUCAGUGAACAUUAAAAUUUCUUCUUUCAAAUAUGAUUGGGAUUAUCCGGUUGCAGCCCAUUUUAAUGACUUUAACCGUGAUAUUUUCUACACUUCGUUUUAUUGGUAUAUAGACAAAACGAGAGGUGACAAUCAUGAUCAUUUGCUUCAACAAUGUGAAGCCUAUAGAUAUAAAGUCUUGCCCUGAGAUGAAUCAUUCAAUGUGAUGCUGUAAAGUCAUUACUAAAUAGUUGUCUCUCUUUUCAGACACUUUUUCUAAACUCCUGUCUGACCCAAUAACCUAUCUUUGGGACUUUUAUGUAAAGUUGUGGAUUUGAGGAUUAUUAAAUAUGAAUUCCUUUUUUUUAUUCCUCUGAUAAAAUGACAGUCGUUCCUUUUUAUUUUGUAUGUAAUGUUAUGAACUGUAAUCUAUUUAGUAGUUUGAAUUUCCCCCUUUGCUGUGUUUUAUCACAUGUACUUGGAUCUCUAUAGAGUAGUAGUAGAAUAUGAUUUGAUCAUGUUUUAUAUAGGUAUAGAUAUAUUGUAAUAAUGCAGCUUGACAAAUGGUGGUUGUGGUGGGGGCUCACUUUGAGCCACAUUGUGCAGCCUAUUGCUGCAAAUGAAAGGUUUGUAAUGAUAUAUUGCUGUUUGCCCAGACGUUUGUACAGUAUAUAAAUGGAAAAAAAACAUAAAUAUUGAUGUUCACUUCAUCUGUAAGCAUAAACCUGAAGGUCUUUGACAGAAAUGUCAGCAAAUGAUUUUAAAAUGCAGGAAUUUUACUUGUUUUAUUUAUUUAUUAUAAUUUAUCAUUAUUAUUAUCUAUGUUUUCAACCGUGUCUCUUGUUUGUCUUUCUGUUCGCAAGAUUAAGCAAAAACUACUAAACUGAUUUCCACCAAACUUUGAGAGAUACGGUCUUUAAAGAAACUUUAACUGUUAAAAUAAAUAUUUUCUGUUAUCA